AAUAGGUCAUUUUUAGGAAAUCAUGUGACAAUAUUGGGUCAUCAAAACACAGUGAUUCAUAUCUGGAUUCAUUGGUGACUUAUUAAUGAUAAGGUUACUAUUGCAAUUGGCCCUGCAAUCACCUGAUAUUUGUGGAAAUUGACAAGGCGCUGGAUUUUAAAACAAGGAACACAUGCGAAUCGAAAUGUGUGCGGAUUUCUGUUCAAAUUUCAGGACAUUGUAUUUAAUGACCAACCGAACUCUCGGAACGUCGUCAGUGUCAAUGCGGCAUUUGUUUAUACUGUGUUUGCACUUUCUGAUUUUGGUGUCACCUGUUAGAUCAGAGACUUGUACAAAGCUUGGUCCAUGUAAGUGUAAAACUAGCAAAGGGACUAUCGACUUAACGCCACUCUCUGGGAACGGACAGGUCGCAAAGUUCACUUUCACUGACACUGGCUCCAAGGAUGUCUACAGCUUUAGUCCAUGUGUAGCUUUCUCUCAGUUUGCUGGAUGCGCUGAUGCUGCUAUGUGUCAGCUGCAUGGUGGAGGUUAUUAUUUACUUGGCAAGCAAGACAGCAUGGAGUUUCUGGGAGACCCCCAGGCAGGCAGUCUGGUGAUGCACUUUCUCCCACAGGCUCUGAGGGAGAGCAGGAUAACCCUUCACUGCAGUCCUGGAAAGGAAGGAGAGUUUAUAUUCAUAAAAGAAGAUCAGGAUCCUUCUACAAAGCUGUCCACUUUUCAAUUUAGUUUGACAACAAAGUAUGCUUGUCUACCUGAGCAUAGUUUGAGUUUGGGCUCUGUACUCUGUAUAAUACUGCUAGUGCUAGUAAUCAUCUACCUGGUCUGUGGAAUUCUCUUCUUGAAGUUUGUGAGAGGGGCGCAGGGGGCAGAACUCAUACCAAACCUGGAUUUCUGGAAAGAUUUCCCUUUUUUAGUAAGGGACGGAUUUUAUUUUGUCAAAAAUGGUUGUAAAGAAGAAAGUACAUAUGAGAAGAUCUAGACAUCAUCCAGUUGGCAGGAAGGCAGGCAGCUAUUUCUGUGAGGUCAUCUAACAUCAAUAUCACUGUGUCAUCUGUCACCAUUUCAUAAAGAACAAGAUACACUUUGUAUAUAUAUAUAUACAGUGUGGGUAAUGAUUUUACAGUUUUCAAUGGCAAAGGCUUUCAGAAUUUUCUGAAGUGGCAAUUAGGUUUCAUAAUUUGAAAUAAUUGAAAAGUUAAUUAGGAGCCAAUACUGUGAUAACCAGCAAGAUGUUUAUUUUUCUUCAUACAAUUUUUAGUAUGAUGAAUAUUAAACAUUAAAAUGUGUACUCUAGCUUAAGGAUACUCUGUAAAGGGGAGAGGGGGGUCCAGAAAAAAAAAAAAACCUUCGUAGACAAGUUUUGUGAAAAUGAUGGUAAAAGUGGAUGACCCCUAAAGAUGCUAGUGGCAAAAAUUAUGCUAAGUUUAUCCUAGAAAUAUAUUUUAGAUGUAAGUUUAAGAUGUAAAGAUUUAUCUUUUAGACAUUUGGAAAGUUUUGAGCAUCUGUCUAGAACUGAGAUUGGUAUUUCCAAAUGGACCAAUAUAGGUUGUUGCAAUAUUUAUAUGCUUAGGUUUAAUGUAUUAUGAAUUCCAUUCUUAUGAAUAUUGUACAGAAAAAAAAACUCUUAGUUUUAUUUCCUUUAGUUUUU